GAAAGGCACACUUGAGCUGUAGCUGUCUAACAAACAACAUCAUCAGCAACCAAAAAAAAAAAACUAAAGAGAAUUAAAAAGAAAAAUUAAUUUAUAACAAAUUUUGAGAAUUAAAAAUAUUUUAAAAUUUAUUCAAAAAAAAGAGAGAAAGAGAAAAGAACAAUUUGACUUAAAUGCAUAAGAGAGAAUAAGAAAAAAUCAGUGAUUUGCCAAAGUGGAAAAAAGUGCCAAAGCAUUAACUGAACAAUAGAAUUAAAUAAUUAAGAAAUACCAACAACAAAACACAUACCAACAUGCAAGGAUACAGAUCAUACACCAUGGAAAACCAUCACAAUCAUCAUCAUCACGAUGCCAACGAUCAAAAGCCUUUGGUUGUGGACCUAAUGUCCGGCCAAUAUGGCAAACCCCAGACUCCGCCACCAUCUCCUACUGAAUGCCUAUCAAGCCCCGAUACCUCUUUGAAUGGCAGCCGCAACAAUUCCUGUGAAAUUCCCGCCGAUCCCUCGGUGCGCCGUUAUCGCACCGCCUUUACCCGCGAUCAAUUGGCCCGUUUGGAAAAGGAAUUCUACAAGGAAAACUAUGUCUCCCGGCCACGUCGCUGCGAGUUGGCCGCCCAACUGAAUUUGCCUGAGUCCACCAUCAAGGUAUGGUUCCAAAACCGCCGCAUGAAGGACAAGCGCCAACGCAUUGCCGUUGCCUGGCCCUAUGCUGCUGUCUACUCCGACCCUGCCUUUGCCGCCUCUAUUCUACAGGCUGCUGCCAACAGUGUCGGCAUGCCCUAUGCUCCCUAUCCAGCUGCUGCCGCCGCCAAUCCUAUGUUGGCCUCAGCCAUGCCCACCAUGCCUGUCCAUGGCCACAAUCCCUAUGGCCAGUACCGUUACACACCCUACCACCUGCCCAGCCGUCACACACAUGCCGCUCCCCAUCCUCAUUUGACUCAUGCCAUGCCACCACACAUGGCCGCCGCUGCUCCCAUGGCUGCUGCUGCUGCCGCCGCCGGCUAUCCCGCUGCCAUGUUGGGAGUUAUGCCACCAACUGGUGCUGCUCCUGCCGGGUAUGCCAACAAAACCCAAACACCUCCCUUGGAUUUGCAAUCAUCCUCCUCGCCACACUCCUCCACCUUGUCACUGAGUCCCGCCGGUUCGGAUCACACCAAAGUCUUCGACCGCAGUCUAAGUCCAUUGCGUCCUGCCAUGCAACAACAACACCAACCCAUUCAACUGCCUUUGUUGCAAGCCCACGACAACAACUCCUGCUCAUCAUCCAAUAAUAGCAUGCAUUUCUCCGCCACCGCUCCCUCAUCAGCUGGACUCCUGAUGCCCUCUGUUGCCACCAAACGUCCUGCCUCCUCAAUGUCGCCACCACCAGCCCAAACAAGUGGCUUGGUUUCGGAUCCCAAGCCCAAAUUGUUCAAACCCUACAAGACUGAGGCCUAAAAGGAGUUCCCCUUCUCCACCCCUCUCCAAAGAGUACUGCAUGCAGUCUCUCUAAACAAAAAAAAACAACAAUUUUCAUUGUGAUCGUGGUGCUAAAAACAAAAACAAAACAACAACAAAAAAUCAAAUCAAAAAUUGUACAAAUAACCUUUUAGAAGAAAUCAUAUUUUUUUUGUAUUAUUUGAUUUUCACUCAAUUUAUUUUUUUUAAUUAAUUGUUAAUUUAUUAUAAUUGUAAAUAGUCUGAAAAGAAAAUUUUAAAAUUUUUAGAUUUAAGUUUUAGAUGUUAAGCAUUUAUACCAUAGUAUAAUAAUAAUAAUAAAAACAAAAUUUUCAAAAAUU